CAACUCUGCAUCCUUGUAAGUAUUAAUUUAUUUUUAUCGUGUUUUUCCAGUUUUUCUCAAUUACAAUUUGGAUGCGCUGAAGUAAUUGAUUGAUGAAGAACCUUUGAUAUCGACCAAUCGUUUUUGCACCUCUAAUUCUGAUUUAUGGCACGUAAAAGGAUUACUCACGAGAAAUGUUCCGAGCUUUGGUAAGCUCUUCAUAAGGAAGCCUGAUUUCAUCAUCGGAGAAGAGUCUCCACUGCGUGCGACUGCGAAGUUUUAAAUCAAUUGUAAAAUUUGGAAGAAGGGCAACAUUCAGUUUCGUCAACAAGAAUGACAUUCUGACGCAACUAAUAGUUGCCGUUUAGCAUCACAUGUGGUGAUGAGUCGAGGAUGUGAUGGUGGAAGUUUGAUUCUGUGUGCGGAUGCUGGUUUGGUUGACUGAGGCGCUGUGAUCUAGAUCAGUUUGUUGUUUUUUCCGUGCGCCUCCAGUAUUAUACCAGCUCCGUUCCAGCUACGGCCAACAUGUCGAGUGAGGUAUUACCAUCAACCGUGCUCGAUCCUUCCGGCUGUAAUUGCGAUCUACUUCCGGAUGUGUCUCGAUGCUGGAUUACUAGAUCUUUACAGCUGCGCAUGAAUGUUACAGCAUGAGGAGCUUAAUUCGCGAGCGCUUACAGAGGAUUCUGAACAAGACGAGCUGCUGUACCGCUGCCACGGCUUGUGUUUUUUGCCGCUUUUGUCAAUGUGCAUUGCGCCUGUUGUAUUCGUCGUGUGUCGUCUGUGACGGUGUAACCGAAUCGCUGGAAGUGUGCCAGAUUUGUGCUAUGGAAAGUGUGAAGAAGCUCGACGAGAAUUUGCUCGAUCUGGAUGAAGAAGCCGGAUGCCAUGCUUUUAUUGAUGCACGUCGUCCACCGCUCCCGAUGGCCGAAGCACCGCCGGACGUAGACAGCUUGCAGCGGCUGAUCGUUGAGAAAGAAAAGGAUCUUGAAUUAGCCGCUCGCAUUGGGCAAUCGUUGUUAUCAAAAAACAAUGUCCUUCAGCACAACCACGAUGAACUUGUCCGGUUGUACAGUCUUACGCAAGACGAGCUCACACAACUGCGCCAUGAAUUGGCCAUGAACAAAGAACUUUUGCGGAUAUGCUUGGAUGAAGUGCCGGAUUAUGAUGAUGGGGACGGUGUGGAAAGUGAUGAUGCCACGGUCCGGAAGUUCCAUGCUUUGCAGCGCACCAUCCGUGUGCUGGAAGAUGAAAAUCAUCGAUUGCGACUAGAGGCCAAAGAAUUAAGUGCCGAAGCGGCAGAGUUUGAUACCAAAGAGACAGAAAUCAUACAUGACUGCGUCAAGGAACUUGCGGACUCCAAUGAGAAAAUUCAAAGCCUUCAGUUUUGUUUGAAAAAGAAAACCGAAGAAAACGCAACUCUGCAAGAUGAAGUGACGGCACUGCUCAAUGAAAUGGUUGAAUUGCAGACGCGUAUCAAAAAGGCAUUUGCUGAGAAUGAUCAAUUAAAGACGACACUGGAAGCUUUCAGGGAAAAUCAGAAUCAGUUGGCUUGUGAGCUGAUACAAAUGCAAGACAAGUACGACCGCCUCUGCAGUUAUACGCACGAUUUGGAAGACGAACUGAAGGAUCUGCGUAAAAGGGACAAUCAUGUGCAGACAUGGAGCGAAAUGUCUUCCUCCAUCUCGGCUAUGGAUUCAUCUCUGGCUGCGGAACUGAAUUUAUCCUUGCAUCAUAUUUUCAACUCAGUUGGAUGCCAUGAGAACGAAGAAGAGGAAGACUGCACCGAUCACCUGAAAAAACUUAUGGAGGUCAUGCGACUAGCAAAUGCCCAGCGUCCCAUUCAAAAUAGUUGCACUACCGUGAAUGCUACCAGUGCAUGUGUCACCAGUGUGGCGUCAUCGCCGCGCAAAGCGAAGCUUUUAACAAGUGCCAAUAAUAGUUCUGUUCUGGGACCUUCCCGUGGAAGUUAUUUUCAAUCUGUAGCCUCUGAUAGUCAAUCUGUGAUACCACUGGAGCCCUCGUUUAACGAUGAUUCUCUCUGUGAUAAAUCCUUGUCCGGUCGCUCGUCCAUUUCAUUGUUCGAUGCGCGCCGAUGUGCCACACCCGACAGUGCCAUGUCACUGGGCGCUGGCAGUGACUCCUCAUUUAGCAGUGCCCACCGCUCCCACCCAACGCAUCAUGAUCUGUCUCCCAAUUUGCUACUGGUAAAGCGAAUGGAAGGUUCACAUAAUCUGGCGAAGUGGAAAAGUCUGGCCACAUCAUCCUUGGAUGGAUUUUUGGAAUCUCGACACGGUAUCCUUACGAAAGGCCAGAAUCAGGAAAGUGAUAAGAUUAUGGGGAAGCCUGGUGUUCGAAGGGAAGCGAAGAACGACGGAAUGUCAGUUGUGGCUCGCAACUUUCGCUCCACUCCCACGACGAACACAUUUACAAAUUCCAGGUCGAGCAGCGUUUCUGGUGAUUCGAUAUUUGGGCUCUCCGGCGUCCUGAAAAACGAUAAAGUUGGCCUGACACGUCCGGUAUUUCCUCGUCCAUCCGAACCGGUGCCUACCGCAGCCAUGGAGCUGACUAAGAUUCUCAACGUGCCAACGCUCAGUUCCGAUGAUGAAGUAGCCGAAGCAACCAGAGACGAGUCGGAUGGGAAAGUUCGUAGCCGGCGGAGUUCUGGUAGUCUUUCGUCAGUGUCGCGAACUCCAUCCCCUCCUAUGGAUUUAACCACAGUUCCUGCAGCGUCGGUAAACGUUUUUGACAAAUUGUACCACAGAUCUCCGUUACUCAGCUUGUCGACCAGCAUGGACAGAUUAGCAAACAUAAAGCCCAGGAAAUCGAUGUCUCCCGAUGGCUAGCGGAAAUUAUAUCCUUUCUUGCUAGGUUAACAUAUCCAGAUCUGAUUUGUGUGAAAGCGUUUGGGUCAGAUGUUUGUUGUAUAUUAGUGUUUGUUUAUUACUACAGCAGUUGUGAAUAUUAUUAAGAACGGAAGCUGUUUGCGUUUUACUGUUUUCUUUGACUGUUCACCAGUAUUUAUGUAACAAAGGUUUCUGAACCAGAGUUUUGCUCCUAAUAUUGGACUGGGUUCACCGUAAUAAAUUUAAA